ACUGAAAGUAAAACAGGACGGAGGAGGGGGUGGAGCAUUUGCUGGUGUCACUGGUGCGAACCUUGUCCUGGCUUCUGUGCCGUGUCGGCUUGCUGCUCUGCACCCCGAGACUUGCCCCAAAAUGUAGUUUUCUGACCCAGAUGCUGUGCUUCUCUUCUGAGUAAUGGUCCAGCAGGCAGAAUGCUGGGGAUGGCACAAAACUCUGCUGGAGCACUGAGCAGGCUGCAGAGCCAGAAAACACACCUGAAGAGUAUUUGUCUGCAGUAUCUGCUUCUGAACAGCCACUGCUUUUGCCUUUUAAAGAAUGGAAUGGGACUAAUCAUCUUCUUCCUAUGUGCUUAUGUUCCAAAGACAGAAGCAGGACGCUGCAAGUGGGAAGAAGUUCUGCAGGAUUUGCAAGCCAUCAAGACAUCCAAAGACAUUGAUGUCAGUUUAUACACUGCCAACGCAGAUGAGGAUGAAGAAUGCCAGGAACUUGUAAUGAGGUGCUUUUUCUUAGAGACAGAAGUGAUAUUUCAAGAAUGUCGUAUCAAAAAUUGUAGUAAAACACAGGAUGUGUGGAACAUUUGGAAAAAUGGGAAUGACAGCUUCGAAAAAAAUAAGUUGGCUUCCACAAAAUCAGAAAAAUGCAAAGAAUGUGAAGAAUAUGAAGAAAAAAAUUUUACCGAAUUUGUACAAAAUUUUGAAAAGGUUAUACAAAGGGAUUGCAAACACUGGUCAAAAAGACAUAAGCUGGUAAAGAAUAUUCUUACAUGAACACCCUCAGAGAAAUUAGAUUAUCACCAAAAAUAAACCAGAAAAAAAAAUUA